CGACUCUUUCUCUGUUUUAUACCCAGCCCGGCGUUAGAAGCACUUUAGCUGCGAAGGGAAGCAGCCCGGGCCACACGUGAGGACAUGCGAGAAUCCUCCAUGAAUUUUUGACUUUUUUUUUCUGCGCGGAAACGCAUUGCUAUUUCCGAGCGACGUUUCGAGCAUGACGGAAAGGGACUUCGGAGGUGCCGACGAGGUGGCGAGACCGGCGCUCCAGGCCUACACUACGUCGGCCCAGGCUGCUGCCUCGGGGAAGAAGGGUGCCGGCCGAAAGAAUGAAGGAAAGAAGAGGAGAGUGGCGCCGCCUCCGAUGCGCAGGGGCAAGAAGGAGGCAGAGAUCAAGUUUGACGAGGAGGCCAGACGAGACUUUCUGACAGGCUUUAGGAAGCGAAAGCAGGCACGGAUCGAAAAGGGACGGGACAAGGCGAAACAGAGAGAAAAGGAUGAGCGCAAGCUCAUGAGGACUCAGGCGAGAGAAGAGCGGAAAAAGCAGGCGGCCGAAAAUGUAAAGGCAGAGAGGAUUGCCUAUGGUGCUGUGGCGUCUGACGACAACGAGGAGGAAGGCGACGACGACGACGAGGAGGAAGUCGAGGAAGAACAAAGACAGUCUGCAUACAAUUCGGAAUCGCACCACACUACUGUGACGAUCGAAGAAUUCGACCCGAAUGCUGAUCUCGAUGCGCCAAUAAAGCCCAUAGCUCCGGUCGUCAAGAAGAAGGCGAAGCAGGAGCGCAGCGUGGAGGCGCUUCCGCCGAGUUCCCGGAGGGCCGCCAAGAGGAAGCAGAAAGACGCCGGAGACAUUAGCAAGCUGAUCAGCGUGGAAGAGGAGCGCAAGAACGCAUAUGUGCCUGAGGCGCUUCGGCUGCAAGAGGAGGAGGAAGCACAAGAGGAACUUCAACCAGGCGGCAUGGAUGGUGUCGAGAAGAAAAGGAAAGCUGCCGAGAGAAAGCCAAAGUUCCACUACGAGACGAAGUUGGAGAGAGCAAAGAACAAGGCGGCAAUCCGCGAAAUGAAUCAGAAGCGAGCCGAGAAGCGGAGGGAGGAGAACAGAGGCAAGCACAAUGCUCGGCGAGGUGGUAGGGGAGGCAGAGGCGGCAAGAGGUAAUGGUUGCGGUGUCAUUUUGUACUUUUAAGCAGCAAAAUCUAUUUUCCCAUCCUCCAUUACACAGCCAUCGCUGCGGUCGAUCAAGCAGGGUAGAAGCCACCGCCGCUCUUCUUUCCCAGCUUGCCCUGCUUGACGAGGUCCUCGAGCAGCUUGCUCUCCUUGACAAUUUCCUCGCUGAUCUCGCCCGUCGAGACCCUGCUCUCACGCCAGCCCUUUGCAAUGUGG